CGACUAUCGAUUAGCCACCAAAGCAACUUGUUUACGUUAUAAAAUAAAUUAAUAAAUCAACUAUUUACAAUUAAAUGCAAUGACGAGCAUUGCCGGCGGACACGGGGAGCCGAACCCCAACAGCUCCUGGUUGAGUGCACGUGGCUUUUGGCUGGCGUACUUCCUUGGCUUAUUGUCUAUUCACUUGAUACUGUUAUCUCUGCCCUUUGUCAGUAUUUCGUGGGCCUGGACAGCUACCAACCUGAUUCACAAUGCGGCCCACUUGUACUUCUUGCACAUCAUUAAGGGAGCCCCUUGGCUGAGCAUCGAGAACGACCCGAGCCGUCACUGGACUCACUGGGAGCAGAUAGACGACGGCAUGCAAAUGACGACCACCCGAAAGUUUUUAACAGUCGUUCCAAUUGUUCUUUUUCUGCUCACCUGUCUCUACACCCGGAACAGUACCGAACACUUUAUUGCCAACUUUGUGUCCCUGGUUGUCGUCACGCUGCCCAAGCUUCCACAGUUCCAUGGCGUGCGUUUAUUCAACAUAAACAAGUACUAGGAACCAGGCGCUCAAAGCGCAGUCUGUUAAAAAAUGUACAUAAAAAUAUUCGUAUAUCACUAAAGUUAUAGAAAUUUAUACUCUGACGGCUGACGGCUAUUAACCCAAUCCAGUGUGUAAAUAAUGUAGGGGAAAAAGUACCUAAUAGAGGCGCGGCUAAAUUUCAAAUUUUGCUAGACAUCAAAUUCGAAUGUAAAUUUAAGUUAAAGCAUGGAGUUAAUUCGGCUUAAUUAUUUAUUGUAGAAUAUCAAAUCAUGGACUGCUUGGAGAAUUUGCAUUCUGGUGUUGUUGAAUACGGUGUUGUAGAUUUCUUUACUACUCAAAAUCAGAGAUCAGCAAAUAUUGUGGAAAAUCCUAAGAUAAAGUCGAAAGAGUUGCUACAACCAUCAAGAAACUGGGAGGAAAUAUAGCUGAAGCUCAAAUACAACUAUCGAAUUAUAAGGAAAA